AAAUAAAAAGACUGCUGCCGAAAUGCAACUUCAAGAAAUUGAAGAGUGGGGACACAAGACACACCAUGAGCAGCAGUUUUCGAGACAACGGCGAGGCAAGAGCUAUGGGGAGGGAAGACCUAAGCGGGUACCAGCUCAAGAACGGUCUGUACGUUGACCCGAACGAGAGCGAUGAGGACGCCGACAGCCACGUCGGCUCCUUCCACCACGACGGAAGCGGCAGCAUCCCUCCGAGAAAGAUGUCCCGCUCCAUGUCCUCGCCCAACAUUGGCCCAAAGUCGGCGGUUCCCCCGACGAUAGCGCACCCCAUACCCCCGCUAAAGCUGGACGAUCACAGCAUUACUGAUGCAUCAUCUGCUACUUCCACGACCUUGGGCACGUUGAAGACGUUGCCCACUAGCCCCAUGAACACCCUUCCCGAUGCCAUCAUGGCGGCAUUUGGCAAGUUCUCGCCGUCCACGGUGCCGCUGUCGCCAACAACUGAACGAAAGACGAGCAGCCCUGUGUGCAUCGGAGACCCCAACGGCGCCGCGCCUCCUCCCCACAGUGUAUACAUCAACCCUCCGUUGGCACCGCCGCCCUUUGCGAGCUUGACAAUUUGUGAAAACUGCAAAGUCGAAGUGGGUACUUUGCUCAGCAAACCUCGCCAUCACUGCCGCAACUGCGGUGGCACAUACUGCCAAGCAUGCUCCACCAAGUCGAGCGUUAUUCCGUACGACGCCUUGAUGGCCAAAGGCGAGUUUCGCGUGUGCGACUGCUGCUUCCUCAAAAUCCGCGAGUUCCAAAGCCAAACCGGCACCACGCAAUGUUCGUGGAACGGACUUAGUCCCAUGUCGGAAGCCUCGUUUUUGGCCAAAUUUGCAUUCCCCGCCUCGCAGGCUCCAGUGGUGGUUGUGAGCUGCUGCUACUUUCCCGAGUGCGUGCCAUAUUACGGCCACAUGUACCUCACCCGCGAACACGUGUGCUUCUACGCGUACAAGGCGACGCUCGAGCCCAUUUGCAUUUCGUACGAAGACGUGACGGCCGUGGUCAAGCCCGAGUUUUACUUUAUCAAUGCGCUGCAAUUGAAAGCUACAGAUAAGUCGUGGUUCUUUGCCGAAUUCAACGGCCAGCGGGACAUGUCCUAUGGACGAUUGGACCAACUGCUCAGUGCCCACCGACAACAGUAUAAAGAAAGCGACCACACGCCGGAAUUGCUUAAGGAGAUGGCAUCCCAGCGACGCCAGUCGUAUUUGAAUUCGAAUCAACGCAAAAUCAGCAUCGUCCGCGAAGACGAAGAUUUUGUGCCGCUACCCCCAGACGAAACAUUGAGCAAAAUGACCAAGAUUUUGGACACGGAACUGCAAAGUGACGUGCAGCACUUGUACGAGACGUUGUUUCACACCCAAGAAUUUUACCACCGCGUGAUGGUAUCCACCAAAGACAUUGAUAUUUCCAUCGGAGACUGGCAACCCAUCGCACAGUGUCCUGUCAACGCCAUGUCAUCGUUAUGUGUGUCCAAGGACCCGAUGUCACAUUUCCGAAAGGUCGAGUCGAAACAUCCGCCCAAAGUAACGUUCCCGGGCCUGCCGCCGUACGCCGAAUGCACGCGGUACCAGCUUUGUCGGCAUGAUGAAAACACGAUCGGCGGCACGUGGACGCGGUUCGUGCUGGCUGAGACACUGCGCAUGAAGAAGAUUCCGUACGCGGAUUACUUUGAGAUCGAAACGAGAUGGGUUUUUACGCUGGACGGCAACAAGUUUUGCCACGCCGAGGUUUGUUGGUGACAUUCAGCAGUUCACAUUUGGCGUUGGGUGCUGAUUCGCCACAUAUCCAUCGAUCGAUUGUUUAUACUGCUGGCUGGCAUUUGUAUGUAAUGAUUGACCAGGGUCACACUGAAUAUAUGGUGGAUGAAGCGAGAAUGAUGUGAUUGGUCACUUGAUUCGUGUUUUGGGGUUUUUGAUUGGUCGAGCGAUUAUCUCUGGAUUUGGCGCUGCGCGUUCGAUAUUCUAGAAUGUCGAAAAUUGACUGGAGAAUAUAUAUUUGUUGAUUUUUUGAAUGGUUGAAUAUUUUUUUAGGUGGGCAUUGUUGUGCACUUUAUCAAAUCCACGUGGUUCAACAACCAAAUCAUUUCGUCGACAAUCUCCGAGUCCAAAGAAGCGUUUGAAACGUGGGCCGCCGCCGCCGUCGCGGAAUUGCGUCAAAAGAGCCCGACGACGACGGCUGCGUCGACACCUCCCAAGCUCCUCUCCACACCCGCAGACAGAUCGCUUCACACUCCACCGCCACGCGCACCAACUGCUGAACCUUCAAAUGAUCCUGCGCCAUCAUCCCCAACCUCCACGACCUCGUCCUGGCUGAUCGCCAUUGCCCGAGCCGUGAGGCUGCAGCCAUUGUGGGCCUUUACUAUCCUGUUGUGCGUGUACAUGAUGUACUCGCUCCACGCCAUGCAUUCGACAAUGCGGCUCUCGUUGGCUCGAUCGACCCAGCUCGAUGAACGCCUCACACAGUGGAUAUCCUCAACAGCAGUCACCCAGCAGCAGGUGGAAGACGCCGUGGCGACUGCGAUGACCAAGCUUCAACAGUGUAGAUCAACCACCGACGCCUAACAUGACGAAUGCAGGACCAUUUAGAAUGCCUACCAUACACACAUAACGUUUAGUCGUAUCGCCUUGUAUUGCACUUCAAUGCGAGUGAUU